GAUGCUGCAAUUUGAUUUAUAUUUAUUUUUUUAAUCAAAAUGUUUGGGUAUAUCUUUCAACCCCCUGUUUCGUUUUAUCGAUCGCGAUACCCUAUCUACUGUUUAGCGAGGCCCGACCUGGACAUCGCGGCGGACGGCAUAUACGCGAAACGAGGCAACGUGCAAAAGUGGACGGUCGGCGCCGCGGCGAAAUGCAAGCUCGACGAGAGGUCGACCCUGCGAUUCAAGUUCAACACAGAUCGCCAGUUAGCCACGAGUCUCCUGCAAAAACUCAGCGACGGUAUCACGCUGAUUCUCUCGUUCAACAUCGACUGCGCGAAUGUCAUGAGGGGUGGUCACAGAGUCGGACUGGCGCUCAACGUUGAGGCUUAAACACGCGAUAAAUCCUCGACGGAUUUUGUGCGGCGGAUUUGUGCUGUCCUUGUAUCGUUGUACCUACCUGCUGUGGUCACUGCGUGCGUCAAUCGUCGCUAAAUUCAAUGACAGUUAAACGAUUAGAUCGGUCAAAGGAUGUAAUUGCAUUUUUUCUUUUAUAUAAAAAUUGUGAAUCCACUGGAGAAUCAAUAAAAGUUUCUCAAUAAAAGAUUUUUUUUUAAUAACGAACUAAAAUAAUUAACAUUGAAGAAUAUAGAUCGAUAUGUGAAAACACAGCUAAUUAAAGAUGAGCUUUAUUCGAUUAUACCUGGAUUUUUCGUGCUGAUAUUUUUUGUUCGAUUUUAUGUACAUUUUUACAAUAUUAACAAGUAUCGAUUGUAGCAAGGAUGUUAAUAAAUCAAGAGGCUUCCAGGUUCGAUCCCUA